GGAAACCUAUCGUAUAUAUAACAUUUUCUUUUCAACGUCUACGUUCUAGUGUAAGAUAUGAAUAGGUGGGGAAAAGUGGAAAAUGGUCGGAAAAUAUUUGUAUUUCAGAGACUCAGUUGAUAAGAGACGUCUUUUUCUCGUAAUAAUAUUGUCAUGCAAUGUGUUGAUAAAUGUUUAUUUUAUUUAAAUACGAAAUGUGGAGGAGAAAUAGAAAUGGUCGAGUUUAUACGCACCGAAAUGGUUACGCUGUAAAUUGAAUUUAGUGAAUCCACGUACUGUUGGAGUAAAAAAACAUAUUUGUAAAAAUGUUUACAUAGUCAGGUUUUAAGAAAUAUGGCUAGGGAUGGGGACGUGCCUACCAUUUUCAAUCCGAAGAGAGUACGCACACCUUCUGUUAUAAUAACUAGCGAAGAGGUAGCGGAAAGCGUGCAGAGUGGUGAUGGUGAGCGCGAACGUCCAAAUGGUCCCCCCACACCACUUAGUCCUCGAGCGCCGCUUACCCCGCAAACUUCUGUAUCUUCAGCUCCUCCGCUCACAACACAGCCUUCAUUACAGCAAGCCUAUAGCGAAUCCGCAGGAAGUAGUCAAGAUGAAGAGCGCCAAUUACGCGAUAAAAAAUGCCCGCGUUCAUGCUGCUCAAAAGUGGCCAAGAAGAUGUACUAUGGCCUUUGUGUCACAACUACUGUAUUUGCAUCCUGGGUAACUGUGACACAUUGCAUAAAAUACAUGUACCAUCAGAAGUACCCACACACUGAUAGCUCAUUGAGCAGCACUGAAUCUCCUAUAAACAAUAACUAUACUUCCAGAAUUCGCACACAUCAUUAUUACAAUGCACCAUUCUUCACAGCAUGGUUUUGUACGAAUUGGCUCAUAUUCUUCUACCCUCUGUACCUGAUCAUCAUGCUCAUACACAACAAGUGUAAAUCAGCGAAUGCCAUUGUCGCAGACGCUUUCACAGACUUCAAGGAAAAGGGAUUCACAUUUGCCCGCUUUCUUAGUCGCUGUGGUCUAUUCUGCUUGCUGUGGGUGGUGACCAUAUAUAUGUAUACUUACGCUUUGAAGAUACUUCUCUCGACCGAUGUCGUGGCUCUCUUCGCCACCAAUGUGUCGUGCGUCUAUUUGCUCUCGUGGGUCAUUUUGCACGAGCAGUUUGUUGGCGUUAGGAUCGUGGCGGCGAUCCUGUGCGACACGGGCAUCGCGCUGCUGGCGUACAUGGACGGCAUCACGGGCAGCUCCACGCUGGGCGGCGUGGUGCUGGCGGCGUGCGCGGCCGCCGGCUUCGCCAUAUUCAAGGUGCUGUUCCGCAAGGUGAUGGGCGACGUGAGCACGGGGCAGCGCGCGCUGUUCUUCUCCAUCCUGGGCGUCGUGAACGCCACGCUGCUGUGGCCCGUGUGCCUGGCGCUGUACCUCACGGGCUCCGAGCAGCUGCCGGCGCACCGCAUGCCGUGGCUGCCGCUGCUGCUGGCCAGCGUGGCGCUGCUCGUGUUUCAUUUGGUAUUCCAGUUUGGUAAUCUCAUGACGUACAAUAUAUUUGUAUCUCUUGGACUUAUUACAGCUGUUCCUGUAUCUGCCGCGCUCGAUGUGGUGCUGUACGGCGUCGAGUUCGAGGGUAUGAAACUGGCCGGGAUCAUAUUGAUAGCAGUUGGGUUUUUCCUGGUCAUGUUUCCGGACAACUGGCCCGAUUACAUAAUGAGACUUUUGAGGUGGAGCCGGCGGCGCCAGCGCGGCGCGGACGGCGCGGGCCGCAGCCGCGACGCCGUGGACUACCGCACGGGCUACAUCCGCUCGCACCUGCGCUCGCCGUCCGGCCGCGUCCGGUGACCGCCCGGCGGGAAGCCGUCUCCGCCGUGACGGCGGCCGCUGCCGGCCGUCGCCGCCGCCUCCCUCGGUGUCUCGUUGCGUUUCGGGCGUCGCCUCGAAUCGGGGCGGCCGACUUCGAUGUUAGAAAUUAUGAUUCCGGAGGAGCGACUGAGUUUCGUGAAUUUUGGGUUCGUCGGUUCGUGCUCUAGCUUGUGGAUCAGUUUGAUGUCGUUCGCUGGGGAUGUUAGUGGGUGUUGAGGCUCGACGUUUGAAAUUAUAUGUCCGCGGUCGGUGUAACGCAUCCACAGUCUCGCAUGCCAGCCAGAUGCGAUCGGAAAUCGAUAUCUCGGCAUCGUUACCGAUCUCGCCCCUUAUCGUGUUCCGCUCGAGUGAUCUGAUUAUUUUCCUUCGAAGACCCUCGUCGAGGUUUGAUACAUUUGGAGAGUCCAUAGGUAAUCCAUUUUGCGAUGUUGGAUAGUAAAAUGAUUAAUAUUAUUAUAGAUUAUUUAUUACAGUAUUUCGUUCCAUCUUAUUACAUCAAUGGAUAUUUAAAAUAUGUAUCGAAACAAUGAAAAUUAUUUAUUUUUUUACGCGAAGGCAAGCGAACGUGACGAGUAUACGAAUCGAGAUUAUUAUAUUUCGACGACAUAACAUUUCAACGAUUGAGAUAUCGAAGGAGAGAAGUUGAGCUCAAAAUUAUAAAUAAAGUCUAACAUCGUAUGCGUUUUUUUAUGGAUCUGAUCUGGUUGCGUUUAUUUUAGGGUUAUUAAUAUUUGUAUAUAAGUUGCGUUAACGAAGAACAUACGUUAUAUGGUUGAUAUAUUUGGAUGUGAAUUAUGUUGAUGUCUAAGUGAUGACUGGGAGAUGUUUUUAACCUUUUAAAGCACAUUACAUGUUCGAAGAGCGUUUAAAAGGAUACUCUUUUGAUUCUCCGAUGCGAUUUUAUGUUUUAUUGUUCAAAACAGAUAAUAUUGCAUUUUUAAAUCAGACCGUCACUAAACGAAUUCUUUGAACAGUGUUACUAGUGUUUUAAAUUAAUCUUUUCUGAAUGAUAUGUUAAACUGUAAAUAAAUAUUGAUCAUAAUAUGACCUCAAAAAAAGACUCAAAGUACCGUGUAUUUUAUUGCGAAAAAGUUCAUAUUUUUUAUAUUCGCUCGCUGUAAAAUUCGAUAUUUUCGUUUAGUGACGCUUCUAUCGUUAUAAUUGCGAUACGCGUAAACGGAUUUAUUUAAACGGCUAAGUAUUACAUCUUUAAACUUAGAAAACGAUUAGAAAUAAAUCAAAACUUUGAAAACAAGAAAGUUGGAAUGAUAUAAUUUGAUUCUAAGAUUAUAAUAUGUCGCUGAUAAAAUUUUAAACGAAUAUGUUAAAAUCACAAUUGCAAUCAGAAGUUUUAUAUAAAUCACAAUAGAUAAAAAACAACAAUUUUACCAUAAGUAAUAGGUAGGGAUAACUAUUUUUAUAGAUGCAAUCCACACGCACCUAUGAUGGCAAUAUCGUAAUAUUACCGACUAAUGAAGCUUCGUUUCUAAAAUUGCAUAAAAAUAAUAUAACUUUUAAUACGAAAAACACACAGAAAAUAAUUAACCUGCAGAUAAUUUGGUUACUUUUCGUUUGGAAAGUUGGCUGUUUUCACUUUCAGACUGAUUGUUUGAAUCUCAAGCUGUCAAAAUUUUUAAAGUUAGUAAGAUAAAAUGACUAUGUUUUGAUUUAAUUUUGUUUUAGUUGUAUUUUAUUUAUUUCUAGUAAUAUUUAUUAAAUAGUAUAUAUUUAUAUAAUUUUUUAUUUGUUUACAAAAUCACACCUUGCGUUCCUAAAACAAUAUUUAUUGUGACCUUGUCAACUUCUCUAAUAAAGGUUGGAUUUAAUCCAAAAUUAAUUUCCAAAUUAUUUGAGGCGUUUUUAAAAUAAACAUAAUAUAAAAUUAUUCUUAAAGUUUAGUAGUAGAAAUAAUGUUAUGUGAAUUAAAAAGCUUAUCGGCAAUACAAGCACAAUGUUCAAUGAUAAUGCAAAGUAAGUGAGAUUUACAUAUGUAAUGCCAUAUAUGUUACAGAAUUCAAUAACACGAAUACGAAUAGAAAUUCAUUCAGAGUGCUCAAAGAGUAUUUUCAAAAAAAUAUAUUCAAUAGCUACACACUAAAGUUCUUGAAAUUGUCGUCAUCUCUUCCGAUUCUUACAAAACACAUAAUAUCAAAAGUGUUUCCUAUAUAUAAUAUUUAUAAGCUACUUAAAUUGAUGUUGUGAUAUCCAGUAGACAGUGUAGACUAGAAAAUUGAAAGUUUUUAAUGUUCAUACUUUCAAAUUUUAAUGUUAGCUUUCUCUUAAUAUAUAUGCAUAUUGAAUACUUGAAUAUGUAUAUAAUAAAGAUAUAUUAUAAACCAGGGUACGUUAUGUAUAGUUUUUAAAUGUUAUAUGCAGUAUUACUACGAUUAUAAGUUAUAUUGGAUGUUUAAGGGCGCACAGCGUUGGGCACAUACUACAAGUUAACAAACCAUAAAGUAACAUAUAAAACCUUAAUCUUUGGUGACCUCUUUUUAGUUACCAAUAUGUCUUUAUUUUAAACGUUGGGUUGUAGUUUUUUUGUACGGCACAGAAACAUCCAAGUAACUUAUAAAAAUGGUUUUAUUGUGAAUAUUUUCGUUAAUGAAAAUGAUGUAUGUAUUAAUACUUUUUAGUAGUUUCGUUUUCUAAUUGCUUGUAUUUUUUAUAAUAUUUAAUUAACCGCCCCAAUAAAGUGAUAUAAAUAAUUUUAUAUUAUUACAUAUUAGUGAUAUUAACUAGUGACACUGAAUUUAUAUUCAUAGAAUGUUGUUAAACUCACGAUAAGCGAAAAAGCAAAGCCAAAUAUUUGUUACAGAUUGAAAAUAAUUAAAUAUUCAAUUUCACGCUGGACGUAGUUUAUGGUCAAUUUAUUUUAAGUAAUAAACACAUUUUAAAAUAUAUACUGCAAUCAAAUACUUUUAAAAAGAUUAUUAGUAGCGAAAUCGUAUAAUUUUGAAUUGACCAUAGACGACAUCUUAACUCUAUAGUUCUACGCACAUAUCACCAGACUUAAAAAAUAGUACGUGUGUAUGUAGUUCGAUAAUUGCAUUGGUCUUAUAUGAAAUAGCUAAUUGAAAUAUGUUAAUAUCACAAUUAUAUCUUGACAUAUAUGUAGAGAAAUCUUGCUAAAUAUAUAGCUCCCGAUGCUGAGAUACUGUGUAUAAUAUUUGCAAUGAUUUGUAGUCAUAAGAAAUAGUUUUGAGAAACUUUGCAUUAUAAAUCAUCAACUAAUACGUUUGUUUUAUAUAAAUACAAUUGGUGCUAGAUUUAUUGACGUUUAACAGUUAUUGGUUACAAUAUCCCUCAGCAUAUUAAAAAAGCAUUGUCUUGGUCUAUGAUUGGAAUAAUUUCAAAAAUUUUUUGGUGAUAUGUCAGAAGAACUUUUUAUUAGUUUUAAGUCAUGUCCGUAUUCGGAUAUUUUUAAUGUUCUGUGCCACUUUUGUUUACAAAAUCUGGAUGACAUUAAUACAAUGGCGUAUAUAAGUAUACAUUGUUUAUAUAUUAUAUGAUGAUCAAUUUAUGAUAUUUGAUAUACUGUUUCUCUUGAGUUAUUUAAUUUAAGCUAUAAUUUGUUGUAAAAAUACCAUACUAUGUAAAUAGAAUUUUUAUUGUGUGAUGUGUAUUAUAUCUAUUUAUAAUUUUGACAAUGACAACAAUACACUUUUUACCAAACUGUUUCUUUUUUUUUUUGUUUUUGAAUGUAGAUAUUUUUGUGUUUAUUCCCGGCUACGGUAAACAUAAGAAGGUUAUUGUACUUUAUUGAUUAAGGUGUUUCGUAGAAGAGUCUUGUAUGACCCCAAUGUGAGGUCAGCAAGAAUAUAUAGAGGCAUGUCGCCAAUUUAAAAAGAUAAAUUUAUCUCUCGCAGUUUUGGGCAGUACAGUUGAUCUAUGAUUUAAAUUUACGUAGUCGGGCCUUUGUUACUUUUACAUUAAACGCACUGGUUAGUUUUGUGACGUCACAGGUCGAGUUUAUUACUAGUAGACGGAUAUGAUACAUGAAGAUAUUUCGUUUUUUAAAUAUGUUUAAAAAGAUUUUAAUAUCAGUUUAUCAUAGCAGGAUCCCUUUUAUUAUUUCCGGUAUUGUUGAAAGUUGACAACAAUAGCAAUCGUGAGAAUAAUAAAAACUUAUAUCCAGAAAGGUUUUCGUUGGUUUAUAGUCGUUCGAAUGUAGAAGUAGCAUGAGUGUAUGAACUUUUCGUGUAUGUUUAUUGUGUAAUAAUUAUUGUAUUUAAAAGUUUUAAGUUGGGAGACGAGCUUUGCGGGGGCUUUUUGGCGCUAGUGGAGUCAGCUUUCAAAGUUAUUUUGUUGAAUUAUGAUAUAUGGAUUUACCAUUCGAUUCGAUAAGCCCGUAUUUAAUAAAUUUUGAAAAAUCUAUCUAUUCAAACAAAAAAGGUUUUAUACAUAUAGUAUGCAGAAAUUGUAUUUUUCUUUUUUAUUAUUUUUCUUUUUGUUGUAGUUUUGAAUAGUAUUGAAUGUCAAGUCCAUGAAAAAAGUAUUUGAAUAUUCUGUUGAAAAGAUUAUUCUGAUUUACAUAGUAUGUAUAGAAGUACAUUACCUCCCUGAUAUUAACCUAAAUUAUUAUCAAAAGUUAUUUAAUGUUAGAACGUUGAUAUUAUAAUUAUUUAAUAAAUAAAUUGUUGAUUGUAAUAUUUUAAUAAUUUACAGCCGUGCCUUUGAAGUGAAAACUGGUGUUAAAAUUGUUGGUUUUAAUUAAAAAUAGGAUAUGAAGUAACUUUAUUAAAAAUACAGAACAUGAAUAUUUCAUACAGUAAUAGAAAGAAAAAAAAAAAAAAAUAUAGAUCUGAUACUCGCCGUAGAUUUAUAUUAUAGUUAAGAUAAAUUGUUUCUUAUGAUGGUAAAAUUCACUCGAAUAAAACAUUUUCGUCCUGCAGGGGUUUCAGUAUUCAUUCAUACGAUUUUAAUAAUAAAUUAAGUGAGAAAAUAGUGUUAAAAUAGUGAGACGAUAAAAAGUAUUUCAAUUAAAUGUUGAUGAUGUAAAAUUGCAAAUAUUAGGUUGUUUUGUACGCCGGUCUUUAUUGUACGUUUAAUUAGAAAAUUUUAAAGACUGAAUUUAAAUGAAAAGUUGACUAAAUUCAAUUAUUCUGUCAUUUACAUUAAGUGUAAUUUAGUUUGUAGGUUGUGUCGAAAUGUAUAUUAUGUAUUACGUAGCAUAAAUAGGAUCGUGUAUCGGUGUUUAGACAAAUAGCAGUUAUUAAAAAUGUAUGUAUGUGGCUUACCCUUUCAGUGUCUCAGAAUAUGUAUCAUUACACACAAAAAAAAAGGUUAUUAAUACACUUUGUUUGUACUAAUGUACAUAUUUGGGCUAUGAAAGGGUGCAAUUUUGUAGAUCACGUGAUUAGCGAAGUAACGAGUAGUUCACGAGAUAACACCUAGGCCCCUGUGAUUCAUUUUGUUGAUAUGUAGUAAUUUGUUGGUAAUUAAACGACAUUUGUCAUAAA